AUGUCCGUCACUCUAUCGUCCGAGGUCGUGCCCUUCGCCGAAUGUCUCCGCGUCCUGGCCGACAUCGUCGAGCAGCACGACCCGGACAUGACUGUCGAGCUUUCUGGAGCCACCGCCCACGACUGCACCGGCCACUUGGCCGACUACACCAACAGGAUGUUCAUGUCCAACAUGCGAGACCAGUUCUUCCGUCUGGCCGCCCAUCCCAAGGUCCUCGAGCCCGUCGACCUCUGCAGCAGCGUCCUCAAAAACCGCUCCCUCUACGAGAACUGGCUUCAAAGGCGACUCAAGGAGCCCUACUAUGUCUCCGUCAACAACAAGAUGUCCAAGCGGGCCGCCCCGUCCGAGUUUUGUCCACAGCCUCCCGUACUUUUCAAGAAGCCACGUGAGGACGUCGUCAUGCCCAGCUACGCUACUCUCCCCCCCGACAUCGUGGCCCGUCCUCCUCCCCCUACUCCUGCUCUUUCUCCUCGUGGACUCCCACCCGCUAUGCCUAGCCUCGUCUACACAAAGGUACCUACUGCUGGUAGUGACCCUGUGUGCCAGGCCAAGUACGAGUCGUUUGAGAAACCUACUGGGGACUACCAGAUAGACCAGGUACAGUACAGCAAGCAGCGGGAGCAGGAACAGGCCGCUCUCAAUGAGACGCGCAUGGAGCCCUUGAGCAAAGAGUCCCGGGCAACCUGCCCGUCUGUUACCACGGCUAAGACAGCAGCGACUGACAGUGUCACGGGAGCGAAACCCACUCACUCACCUACCGCGAUCAGGACUGCCACCAUUGUCGAUAUUUCCAAAUUGACCCCUAAACCGGUCACCAGGUCAACCUUCGACAAUGCCUUCAAGGGUGCUCCCCCGGGGCUGUCGCAGAAACAGACUCAGCCGCAUCCGCAGCUGCAGAACAAGCAACCGGACAUUCUGUCCCUUGAUCACCUUGUCGACAUCAGAGAAAAGGGCUGCUCGCCGAACGUCGCGGCACUACCGAUACACCAGAUCUCGGCCUCGGAAGCUGCUAAAGAGAUGCAGAGGCAGAAGGAAGCGAUCGAGAAGAGGGAGAAGCACAAGAAGGAACAGCAGCAAAAGGAACAGAAACAAAAAGACGCUCAACAGGAGAGAGAGCUUCUGAACCGGAAACAGUGGCAAGUAGAGACCCUAGAAUACCGAGAGGAGAUGGGAAAGCUUCAGAUGGAGCAUGAUGCUCAUAUUCGGGCGAAACUUCGGUGGCAGAUUCAGUUGGAGCUUUAUGAGCAGCAUAAAGCGCGAAUUAAUGAGCGGAAGCGUGAGAAGGAGGACCGGGAGGAGCUUGGUCUUAUGACAGAGCGCCGACUGCAGUACAAGCAACGGUGUCAGGAGCAUAUGCAGCGACUGGAGAGACAUAAGCAGCAGCAGCAGAAGACCUUAGUUGGAGCUCAAGAUCAAGACUGCCGGAAGGUCAUGUCCAUGGACGACCUGUACAAUAAGUCUGCUGAGGGCCCAUUUGGCCAGGAGCAGGGACCGGGGACUACCGCCACCAUCACCGCCGCCGCUACCGCCACCGUUGAAAAGAAGGAAGAAUGCAAAAAUAUCAGCCCGACGACGACGACAACGACGACGACAGCUGGAAAGCCGACUCACUACUGCGCAAAUCAGUCUCCUCCCUUCUCGGUUGAUGGCCAUCACGACUGUGAAGAGGGGAAAACUUUCCGGACCGCUACGAACAGACUGGCGACCAGGGCUCGACGUGAUGAAGAACCCAAGAUCGCGCCUCGGAAGACGCGCGACACCCUGUCUCUUACCGGCGGCGCGUCCGCCAGCACCGACACGGGAGCGGUCCUUCCGCCCAGGACUGAGGCAGAUGAGGAUUCUGACUCUGGUAUAGACGAGGGACAGAGGCAGAUGCUGCAGGAGCAGCAUAACAACUCCGACAAUGAUAUCCUUACCAAGAAUGAGGGCUCGGACGAUGAUAACGAGAGCACAUGGUCAUGCGGCAAGGAUUAUGAUGACAUUGACUCUGACGAGGUGGAGUGGGACAUUAUGCUUUGA